CCGUCCCCCCCUGCUCCGGCUCUCAAUGUUCCACACCGCCCGGCCACAGAGCCGCCGCCGCCGCCGUAGAGCCCCCCGGCCGUCUCCGUCCCCUCCUCGGGCGCCGCGGGCCCGGCCCGGCCCCCCGCCAUCCCGCCCCUCCGACCCAGCAGCGGGACAGGACGCCGGCGAAGUUCCCCACGAUGUCCAGUGACAGGCAGAGGUCAGAUGAUGAGAGCCCCAGUACCAGCAGCGGCAGCUCAGAUGCUGACCAGAGGGACCCCCCGGCACCUGAACCUGAGGAGCAGGAGGAAAGGAAACCCUCUGCCACCCAACAGAAGAAGAACACCAAACUCUCCAGCAAAACUACUGCUAAGCUAUCUACUAGUGCUAAAAGAAUCCAGAAGGAGCUAGCUGAAAUAACUCUUGAUCCUCCUCCUAACUGCAGUGCCGGCCCUAAAGGAGAUAACAUUUAUGAGUGGAGAUCAACUAUACUUGGACCUCCAGGUUCCGUAUAUGAGGGGGGCGUUUUUUUCCUGGAUAUCACAUUUUCAUCUGACUACCCAUUCAAACCACCAAAGGUUACUUUCCGCACCAGAAUUUAUCACUGCAACAUCAACAGUCAGGGAGUCAUCUGUCUGGAUAUCCUGAAGGACAACUGGAGCCCUGCUUUGACUAUUUCAAAGGUCCUGCUGUCUAUUUGUUCUCUUUUGACGGACUGCAACCCGGCUGAUCCUCUGGUUGGAAGCAUAGCCACUCAGUAUAUGACUAACAGAGCAGAGCAUGACAGAAUGGCCAGACAGUGGACCAAGAGAUAUGCAACAUAAACGACAAACUACUUGUGCAAUGUGAAGGAGCGGAAGGCAACUUUACAGUGUGCAACAAAUCUUUAUAGCCUUUACAAUACGGACUUCUGUGUAUAUGUUAUACUGAUUCUACUCUGCUUUUAUCCUUUUGAAGACUGGGAUACUGCUUCCCAAAAAGGUAAAUGCUAUCAAGAGUAGAAAUUUGUAGCUGUAGAUUAGUUAUGUUUAAAACGCCUACUUGCAAGUCUUGCUUCUUUGGGAUAUCAAAAUGUAUUUUGUGAUGUACUAAGGAUACCGUUCCUGAAGUCAACCAAAUAUUAGAGUGCAUUUUAGCCUAAUUCAUUAUCUGUAUGAAGUUAUUAAAGGUAGCCGUAGAUUACUAGGAAUUAUGUCAUUUGUAUUAAACCCAGAUCUAUUUCCAAUAUGUGGUACAUGCUGUUGUGAAAACUGUUUUAACUUUUACCUUUGUCAGUUUGUAAUGAAAGGAUUUCCUUUUUCCCUUUGUAGCUCAGAGAGCACCCAGUGUAUCAUCUCAAACACAAUAAACAUGUUCCCCAAGGAGUAAUUUCUUUGUUUUCCUAUUUUAAAUUAAUAUUUGAAAACAAAAUGAAUUAUAGUAACAAGGCAGGGCUUAUGUAUCACAGUUCCCUGUGGAUAAUCUUUAAAUUAAUAUACAUAAGCAAAGGCUUGCUAUUAAAUGUUUAAUGCACACCUGUGGAUUGUUUUUAUGUUUUCCCUGGGUUUUUUGGUUUGGUUUUAUUUUUACAGAACAAAUGUCAUUUCCAUAAUUUCCUUAACUAAUCCCUCAGCUCUUUUUCAAGUUGGAAUGAGAGCAUUGCAUAUGCUUCCUCCAAAAGCUAAUGUAACCAGUCCCUUCAGGGCCAGACCUGUCCCCAUAACAGAUGGCCUGGUCUUGCUACGAACUCCUUUUUGCAGGACCAGAGUCCAGUUACAAGUAGUCUGGUGCUUUUGUGUCAGAGUAAAGCAAACCAGGCUCGCUAAUCUGGAGAACCACAGUUUUCCACUGAAAAUGGUCUUCCAAAGCACGGUUUAACACUAGUCUGUCCAGAAGAGAAAGGAGUAGAAUAAACUUCAGCAGAUUUUGACGACAGAAAAAAAAAAAAAAAAAAAAAAAAAAAACCAGUUGUGGGGGAAUUUAACCUUUGUUAGUGAAAAUGCGAGAUGUAAAACUUUUAGACUACUUUUCUCCCUCCCCUCUUCACUUUCUGUCUUGGAAAUUUUGUAACAUCUGUAAGUAACGAAGAUGCAGCUUUAUAGCACAGACAGCAGAGUCACCAAUAGUUUUAUAAUGUAGCUUUUGUAGGUUGCCAGUCACAGUAUUGAUUAUACAACAAGAGAUCUGAUCCCUUUAAAUGAUUUUUAAUACUACAUCUGAUUUUAAAGUUUACUAUCCCCUUUACUACCUGCUGUUAUUGGAGGGAACGUAGCACUUCCGUCAGAAGGAUGCUCUGCUCACUUAAUAUAUGAAAAAUGAAUGUUAAGUUUAAAUAAUAAAGCAAUAGAAAAAAUGUUAAAGAUUAAAUCUAAAGUUAGCCAUCGCUAUAUAGAUCCCUGUUUUUUGUAUCACAACCUUUGAUCAUGAAUUGUCCACCCUACUUUAAAUAUUUCUGCAGAUUCCUGAAGGUGGCUUGAAGAACCGCGUAUCCCAAAUAUCUCAACCUAGAAGCCAGUCUCUUUUGAUAGCUACGAGAUAGCUUUAGACUUCAGGUUAUAAAGUACAAAAGGGAAUGAGAAACAGGGGAUCUGGCAGGUGAAUAUGCCUAAGUCAGGUAACAGACUAAUGCCAGGAAAUGAAGUGCUGGGAAUCACUGCUGAUGGUGACCGGAGUUUCUCAUGGUGUCAUUGAACAUGUGAGAAAUAGCACAGAUUGGCAAAGCAACAAGGGGCUAUCGCAUCCGGGCUGGACGUCUACGGUCUGCUCACCGCUGUCCAGUAGUGCACCGCUGUGCUGCGCAGUGCUCGUACGCCACUCCGGUGACUUUCCAGUGAAGAGCAAACUAUAUAUUUCAUGUGUUAAUUAUGUUGCCUAUGGAAAUUACAGAUAUUUAUAUCAUGACAUAAUAUGGUAUUAAAAAAAAAAAAAA